CCUCCCGCAGUCGCUUGCCGCCGCUGCCGCCGCCGCCGCUGCCGCCGGGAGCUCGAUGGGCUUCACCUGCGCGCCGUCCGGUGUCUGGCGGAGUCCAGGAAGCUACGGCACCUCAAGGCGGGGAGCCAUCGCCGCAGCCCGAGACCAAGUCCCGGGUCUGGGGCUCCAGGGAGAGGCGACGGCGGCGGUGGCGGGAGCCCCUCCGGGGGCCUGGGACUGGGAAACUGCCUCCGGCUUCACGAUGCCAGUAUGGACAGAAUAGCUUAUGAUGCUUAUCCCCACCCACCACUUCCGAGACAUUGAGCGGAAACCAGAAUACCUCCAGCCGGAGAAGUGUAUCCCACCUCCCCACCCCAGCCUCAUGGGAACCAUGUGGUUUAUCCGCGACGGCUGUGGCAUUGCCUGUGCCAUUGUCACCUGGAUUCUGGUCCUCUACGCAGAGUUUGUGGUCCUCUUUGUCAUGCUGAUUCCAUCCCGAGACUACGUGUACAGCAUCAUCAAUGGAAUUGUGUUCAACCUUCUGGCCUUCUUGGCCCUGGCUUCCCACUUCCGGGCCAUGCUGACGGACCCCGGAGCAGUGCCCAAAGGAAAUGCCACUAAAGAAUUCAUCGAGAGUUUACAGCUGAAGCCUGGGCAGGUGGUAUACAAGUGUCCCAAAUGCUGCAGCAUCAAGCCUGACCGAGCUCACCACUGCAGUGUUUGUAAGCGGUGCAUUCGGAAGAUGGACCACCACUGUCCCUGGGUCAAUAACUGUGUCGGCGAGAACAACCAGAAGUACUUCGUCCUGUUUACAAUGUACAUAGCUCUCAUUUCCUUGCACGCCCUCAUCAUGGUGGGAUUCCACUUCCUGCAUUGCUUUGAAGAAGAUUGGACAAAUUUCCUGCAAGCCUAUGGACUCAUCAGGGAAGGAACAGCAGAGGCCCGAAUCUCUCUUCAUGAAAAAAAGCAGCCCCUUAAAGUCAGUUCAACAGAGUGCAGUUCCUUCUCUCCACCCACCACGGUUAUCCUCCUCAUCCUGCUGUGCUUUGAGGGGCUACUCUUCCUCAUAUUCACAUCAGUGAUGUUUGGGACCCAGGUGCACUCCAUCUGCACGGAUGAGACGACUAUUGAGCGCCUCAAACGAAAGAAUCAACCCAGGCAGCGGACGGGCAGCUGGAAGUCAGUAAAAGAGACCUUUGGCGGGAAUUUUUCCCUGAACUGGUUCAACCCCUUCUCCAGACCAUGUCAGCCAAGGAGCCCCAGUGACAGGGACUUGGUGCGGCAGGUGACGUCGCUGUCAGAUACCGACAACACCGAAACGACAGGGGAGCAACCGGAGGAGAAUGAAGAGGAGGCAGACUCCGUGGAGACGGUAGAUGAAUAGAUGCCGCUGUGCGGAGGGAGCCAAACACUAAAAGCUGCUGUCAACCUUCGUCCUGGGAUUUUAGCUAAAGGGGCUCAUGGGUAUGACACGCUCCCUGGUAACCCCCUCUUCUCCCUCUCUCCGUGCUGGGCCAAGUUUGGGGGUAGAGGGUGGACUGGGGAUGGCAAAGGAAGAUGAGGGACUUUGAGUUCAUCUAAGAAGACUCUGCCCCAAGCAUGAUCCUCUGGACUAGGCCACCUUCUCAGCAAUCACAGCUUCUGCCCAACAAAGGAAUUCUGAACAGGGCAGCCCAGGGACAGAAAAGAGUUUACAUUGACUUUGCUUGAGAUGCCUGCCUUCUCUUGGGAAAGUUGGGGCCUCUGCCCUUGGCUUUGAAAGACUAAGGUCAUGGCAUCAUAAUGAAGGGCAGGGAGGGGCUGGCUUUGGGGACCUGAUUUUGGACAUUGCAUCAGGAGGGACUACCUGGAAAGGCUACAGGGAUCCCAGUUGCUCCCCAGAAAGGACUCCCCCCCCUACAAACUAAAUUAGUAGAAAGGCAUGGUCACCACAUCUACCUGCAAGGGGUCAGGCUUGGUUUGAAAGAGACCCCAAUACUAGGCCAUACACACACACAUAUGCAGGACAUACCCAGGUUGGAGACAAUCCUGAGUUAUGACAGUGGUCCAUUCCAUAGACACUAGACUCUACGGAGUCAGACAGCUUGGAACUGUCCUGUCUUGUGGCUAAAUUCAUCCAUUCACAGGUGGGUGCUGAGAGGACCUAGUUAGAGCUACUGGAGACGGUGCCCUGCCCCAUGAGGACUUAAUGUAACUUUCCCUCCUGGGAAAAGUCUGACAACCACCUGGACAGAGCUGACCAGAAAUCUUGCCUGUGUGCAUUAGGCAGCUUUUCCAAGAUGGCGUCCAUCCUGUCUCUCUGGAAGGAUGCAAGUGAAAAGGGCGUGUAGAUUGAUGAACCCAGAGACAGACAAACAGACACACAGCCACCCCACAUCUACCAGGAUGGGCUGGACCCUGGAUCACCCCAUUUGCAGCUUGAGGUGUCUAUGGCCAUUCUUGGUCUGAACAGGAGGAGAUCUUGGGCUCCUAAACCCCAUUCCAAUGGUCACUGACUGAACUGACAUCUUCCUCAUAAAAUCCAUUGAAGGGCCCUUGUCCCAGUUUGGCAUAAAUAAUAAGUUUCCCCUCCCACACCCCUAGCCUAAGCCGUUGUUCUUCCCUUUGGCCCCUUUCCCCAGUAUGAGAUGGCACCUAAAUCAUUGGAGGGCUUAAGCACUAAGGCAGAGCCUGUCCAUGCAAGGUCUCUGUUUCAGGGCCCCUCCCAGUUUUAGGGCUAAAGAGCACGAGUCCUAGCCCAAAGGCCGGGAGCCCCAAUUAGAUGGGGAUGAAGGUCAGAGUUCGGAGAUGCAGCUCCUGGUCACUGAGCAAGGAGGGCAGUGGUAAAUGUGGGAAAUGGAAGGGAGCUAUGCAGUGGCCCAGUUCUCAAGUUGGCAUCCUUGGGCCUUCUCUGAAGGGUGGUGAUUCUGUCAAAGAGCCUCUCUGGCGACAAGUGAUGACACAGCAGGGCCUGGGGAGAAUUGCUGAGAGGGGUCUGUGUUUACCAAGCCACCUCGCUCCUACUCCCUGCUCAAAGCUCUCCAAUUAUGCCCCCCCGGGAGGGAUGACCACUGACAGAGCUACCAAAAAGGCAUGUGGCCUCCCCACCCAGGCCACAGGCUACAGGCUUAUUUUCUUGGUCCAUAUCAGCUUUCGUAUUUAUUAAUGAUGAUCUAAGGAGCCCAAGUUGGCUCUAAAGAAAAUUAAUUUAUUUAUGACAGUGUAACAAGCCCAAGUUGGCUCUAAAGCCCAUUAACUUGCAGUCUGGGCAGAGAAUUGACACUCACUACUCUGGGAGAGGGCUGUUCUCUGAGCAUGGGAGCCCCCAUUUGUUGUCUUAAUCCACCAGAAGGCAGCCCAUGGUGCCAGUAGGUGGAUUGUAUACCAGAGACUCAGUGCCAGUCCCUGGGAGUCCCCCAAGGAAGCAGCACAUAGAAUAAGGGAAGAAAGUUCCCUCAUCACUGCUGACAGUAACAGUCUCUGUACUGAGGUCAGAGGUGUGUGCAAAACCAUGUGGCCUUUGAACUUUGGGGUUGAAAUUAUUCUCCUUGGGCCCCACUUGGCCUACAAGCAGAGGUACAGCCACAAAGUCAAACUGUUUUCUUAGAUUGGUUGCUCUGGAAAGGAAGUUGGAGGUGGGAGAUGGGAUGCAGUUUACCUGCAAGGAGCCAGCCCGGCCCUCCCUUCCCUCAUCACUGACCCCACCUCCCUGCCAGGGCCUCAGCCACACGGCUCCCCAUUCCAGGAGGGUAAUAAUCUGUCCAACCCCAAGCCUCGGGUCUCCACACCAGACACAAGGGCUUUCUCUCUGCCGUGGCUGUUGACAGCAUAACUAACGUUCUUCUGCUUAUUCUCAAUCUGAAAGAAGUGCAACUGAUGUCAAAACAAGAUGAGGUCCUACAGAGAGAAAAGGCUGGCUGCAAACCGUUGCCUCUCUCUAUUUGAAUAAAAAGAUCUUUGCUUGGC